UCCGAUCGUAUAUUUUAUUGUCUUCUUAGUUGUUUUCUUUUAUCUCUAGUUUUUGAUGCUGUUAGUUCUUUUUUAUUAUAUUUCUCAAUUUUUCACCAAGACUUCGGUGCUUCGAUGAAAAUUCCGACGGAUUUAACGCGACCUGGCAUGUCUAGGACAAGCCAAAAGAUAGCGAGGGAGUAGGAGGAGAAGGCGGCAAUACAACAAUAUGAUUAUAUAGCGUGCUGCACCGGUUCUCUGCAGCAGCUGCCGUCGUUUUGGGGGAUCCCACUGGGAACGGAUGGUCGUCCGAAGUACCGGUAGGAAAGGGCCAGGAAUGAGAAGGGACGACAAGGCAAGGAAGAGGGAAAGAGGGUUCUCGUAGUAGACCCCUCUACUGUAGAGGGCCUCGCUUGGGCCUUAGGGCCCGGCGCGUACAAUACGUUCAGGCAAGAAGAAGCGAUAGAGCGAUGGGAACGACUCGGCGAGAGGAAAAAGGAUAGGAGGGGCCAGAAAAGGCCCCUUUCUCCUUCUUUUUCCAUCAACGUUGAACGCAUUGCAGAAACUCGAAAGACGAGCUAUACGAAAAACUACUACCUGGUUCGACCGUUGAGCUCUCAUCACGAAAAGCAAAACUAGAUUUCUUUUCAGGUUGCUUUAGAGAAACGAGAUGGAGCAAGAGAGUCUGAUGAGGAAGAUAGAGAGAGGGAAAAAGAGAUGGAGAGGGAAGAAGAUAGAAUCUUAUAGAUGGAGGUCAGGGUCCCUUCUUACCUUCUUACUUCUUAUUCCUUCUGCGAUGUCCGGCUCUUCCCAAGCUCCGAAAUCUUCCCAGUUUUUCUGCCACGUAAGGAUCCCGUGUAUACCCUGGCUUCCAGAAGGAUUGCAAUACAUAAAUCUAUCGUGUAGGUUUGAAUUUAGAAACACUCCGUGUCUAAAUGCUGCACGGCCUGCGGCGUAAUUAACGUUUGCCGAGGUACCAAAGAAAGUGUCAAGAUUGAGCAGGUCGUUCUUCCACCUGGCGGUGAUCUCGCCAAAAUUCUGAGGAUGCUGAUGCCGAGUGGUCUUAGCGUCGGCGCAGUGGGCGCUGUAGGCGCCCCAGGACCCGAUGACCUAGUGCCAGGACUGGGAGCCCUAGCCGCCACCACGCCACAGCAAAAGGAUACAACUUUUACAAAGCUAUUUGUCGGCGGCCUACCUUAUCACACUACGGAUAAAAGUUUAAGGGAGCAUUUCAACGUUUACGGAGACAUCGAGGAGGCGGUCGUCAUUACGGAUAGGCAGACUGGGAAGAGCCGGGGUUAUGGUUUCGUCAUUAUGGGAGACAAACCCGCAGCGGAGAGAGCAUGCAAAGACCCCAACCCCAUCAUCGACGGCCGAAAAGCAAACGUUAACUUGGCCAUUCUUGGAGCUAAACCCAGGGGUAAUUUGCAAACGACAUUCCCGUUCGCUGCAGGCAUUCGGGCUGGAUAUCCAGCAGUUCUUCCUGGGCAGUAUGGAGUACCACCGGGCUACGUGUACCAAUCGCCCUACCUGGCGGCCGCAGCGCCAGGUGGCCUGGUGCCACUUCCGGCGACACAAUUGAGCCAUGCAGCCGCCGUCGCCGCGGCGUCGCAAUUCUACGAGUACCAGAACGCCGCAGCAGCGGCUGCGAGUUACCCCGGCACGUCGUACAACUUCGCGGAGGCGUACCCCUACACCAGCGCGGCCGCGGCUGGUACGUGUUUGAAUAGUGUCCAGGGCAAGGGUAGCAACAGCUCGAUGCACCACCACCAACACCAGCAGCAGCAGCAACAGCAGCAGCAGCAAAACGCUCCUCCCGCGGCGCUGGCACAGCAACAGCUGGAGAAAGCUCUCCUGCCGCAAUUUCUGCCGUCCGUGCUGCGUGGCUACGCUAAUGCAGCAGCAGCGAGUUACGUAGCUCCGUACACCUACGCAACACUGCCAGGUGCUGCGGGCCUACCGGCGGCGGCGGCGGCGGCGGCAACAGCAGCUGGCGCGGCUUUUCCCGGCCUACCGUAUCAGACGACACCUCAGGAAGCCAGAUUACAAUAGGUCUAUAACGCUGUACCGCAUAAUCGCUCGGAGAUAGUCAGACUAUGGGGUGAAGAGAACGCAAAUAUGCAGCGAGACAAGCACGAGACAAUCGAUAAUUCUCAGGAGUAAUCGACAGACAGCAAUCAACUCGCUGAGACGGCGAGAUGUACCUUAUGUUCCUCUUCACGCGUUGCAAAAUAUCAUAAAUAAUCUAAAAGGCCCCAGAAGGGAGAAGAACCCAUUGAGUGAGUGAGUUCCUUGAGGUUCGUCGGUCCGUAACUUCCCGCGUUUAGUCUCUAACUUGUACUCUUCCCCCUUGCCUCCUCCUUGUCUCCCUCUAACAAAUCUAAUCUUCCGCACUGUUUCCGCCCGUUGAAGCUGACAUUGGCUUAUUCGUCCUAUCGUAUGAUCAGGAAGGAAGUAAUAUUGUUGAAAAUUUCGGUCAUUAUGAUUUGCAUUUAUCACUGGCAGAAGCGUGACUCUUCCCAUUUCGCUAGAGAGAGCGGGGACCGCUUCGAAAAGUCGAGGAUACAUGCCGAGAGACGCGAGAAGAAAGGAGAACAUUGCCAAAGUGGUCUUUGCCAAAACCGUCUCAGGCUCGGUGAUUCUUUACUUCUCGUUUAGUCUUUCACUCGCCCCCUACUCUUCCCAUCCCCGUCUUUUUCUCUCUUUCAGAUAAAUCUAAUCUUCCUUAUCAUCUUCUAUCCUUAAAAGCGGUUAUUAGCUUAUUCGACUUACGUAAGAUUAGAAAGGAAGUAGUAACUGUACUUUAAAUUUUGAUUAUUACUAUUAUUUAUAAUUGGCACAGGCAUAGCUUAAUCUGUUUCGAUAGGAAAGGUACGAACAUUUUGGAACACCAAGAAGGGACAAAAUAAAUGUACCUAAUCGGUGUUGAAAAACCAUGAGGAGCCCGGUCAUAAGCUUCUGAAUGUCGUUCUAGCAUGUGUUGUACUUCGAAGAAGCCCCGAGGAAAAGUAUCUAUUUAUAGUUAUAUAUAAAUUUCGUCUCUGUAUGACCAAUUAUGUGUCAUAUAUAAUUAUGUAUUAUGUAUAAUUAUAUAAGUGGCCAUAUAGGGACAAAAAUCAUACACGUAGCUCAUAUCUAAUUUUACGUGUAAUUUUACGUAAUUUUAUAUAGUUAUAUACAGUCACUUUUCUUUAGGGAGAGAAAAAAUGUGAACGGGAGAAGAAGUAGUAGCAGUAGUAGACCCGGUUUUCCAAGACAUAUUUUUCGACACGAUCGGCAUCCGUGAUCGCUAUGCGUGUGCUUAUUACUAAGUUUUUUUUAGCAUGCACAAAUCUUGCGUUCAACGCUUUGUAGCUCGAUGUUGCUCAAAGAUUCUCCCAUUGUUAGAGCAGAUCAGAAGCUUGAUAUGUAUCGCGACGAGCUCGACCGUAAGAAAACCGUAACCGUAAGAGACCAUAAAGAGACCGUAAGAUGUUUUAUGUUUUUUUUUUACCGAUUUGACGUUUGUCAAGAACUUGGUUAAUACGAUUUUAUUAAGGGAAGGAGAGAAAUAGCGAUAUGAAAUAACAAGAGGAGGGUAACACGGUGAUCUUGCCCGUAAUUUCUUAUUUCGCUAGCGAACGUUUCGAAACACCGAAAAGAAACAAAAAUAAUUAUAUGUACCAUGUGAAUCUGCCCGUGUUCAAGAGCCACUAAGAGAGCAUCGUGGGGUUUUUGAAUAUUAUUCUGCGUCAUAUCUCGAGAGAAGUCCCGAGAAAAAAAAUGGUUAUAUAUGAAUUUUGUAUCUGUAUGGUCAUGUAUCUAAUCAUACAUUAUUUUAUAUGUCCAUGUGAAGAAAAAUGCUGUUGGACAAGUAAAAUCGAGGCGGCUUACUUAUGUAUGUGGCAGUCGAUUACGUGGAUAAUUAAUUAAAUGGUACUACUUCAGUGAUAUUUUAAUGACACACUGUUCUUCUUUCACUCACCAGCAUUUUUAUUCAGUGUCAGACGUUUACAAUUAUGUAAUUAUAUGUGUGGCCAUAUAGAAACAAAAUUUAUAUAUAUAAGGGUUAUGAUUAAUUAUAGAUAUAUAUUAUAUUAUAUACAAGGUUCAACCGUGUAUUUCGGGAGCCAAGUAGAUUCGUGUAUUAAAACAUAGUGGAUUUUGUAUUUCAAAAGUAUGGGAAACCGGGUCAAGUUGAUCUAAGGCUAUGUUGACUAUACGUGUUAUUUACAUAUCCAUUGUGUACAGAGAAAACGAUUUGGUUGAAUCAAAUAAAUAUUUUUUGGAAUAGUCCAAUGAAUUUUUUGGUUGAUCGAACAAUAUUUUGUUUGACAACAAAAAUAUUUAUUUGCGGCUUAGUUCCAAAGAAAUAUUUUUGUUGUAUCAACCAAAUAAUUUAUUUGGAUUAUUCCAAAGAAACAUUUAUUCGAUUCAAUAAAUCGUUCUCUUUGUGUGGAUUCGAAAAGGAACAAAUUGUGUCUUUUUAGGAAAAAGGUGUUGUUUUCAGAGAUUAUAAAUCUUACAUGAAUCUGAACGAAUAUUGCAGAAAGAAAAAAACGCGAUUUAAGUGUGCAGUGCUCGAGUAACUUUUCGAGCUUCUGAACACUCGCGCGUGUUAGAAUUUUUCGUCAUACUUACGAUAUGACGCGUCUUGGACAGAAUUUAACGGAUAAAGAUGAUCGCGACGAGAUAUACUGAUGAAGUAAACAUGAAGCAAUUCUAAAAGCGGCAUACGACUUUCGCGAAAAUUCCGUGGUAACUCCUCAGAUAUCAUAUGUACUUACGUUCGAAAGAUACGCGCGCGCAUUUCCUGAGAGAACAGCAUAUUUAAAGUUAUAAAUGUACUUUAAAUACGAUAUUUUAAGAUUCAGAUAAAUCUUAAGAUCUUUUUACGUCAAAUCGACUAUGUAUUUCUUAUAAACUGUUAAGUUACAUUUUCCUACGUAAUGUUAAAAUGAGUACGAUACGGCUUGAAGACGAUAAUUUAUUAAAACACCGCUGAUUUUUUAAUGAUCUAUUUCAUAUGUAAUCUACUUAAUAUGCUUGUUAUAUUGGUUUGUAUGACAAGUCUGUUCUCUUUGGAAACAAGUUUAAUUCGAAAUAAAUUCGCGAUCGACCAUCAGAACAGCACAUGUAGAUGUAUCUAUACAUACAGAGUACAUCGUAAUUGUACGUUAUAUCUUCUGAAGUACUUGUUCACAAAUAUUCCAAUUCAUACGCACCGCUUGUCUUGUCUCUUUGUUGCCAGUCGGUUUAUGAUUUUACAAAUUGUCAUCGAUUACGGGUUGUGAAACUUUUCUAUCAUACUGUUGUCACUUCAUUACCAGUUGAAAUAUUGACACGUUGACUGCCGCGUUAUAUUCUAUCAAUUUGAUUGUAUGGAAGCUUGUUAUUUCCGUUUGACUUAAUGAUCGAAUUGAGUUAAAUUUGUCAAAAAAUACUCUAAAUAAAAGCGAUAAAACACUUGUACAUCUUUUAUAUCACGUUCCAAUUAGUUAUAUUAAUUGUACCAAAUUUCCAAAUACAAUUAAUUGUACUUUGUAUGUUGUAGAGAAUGAAAAAGAGAAAGAAAAAACUUAAUGUGAAGCGGCAAUAUUGUAGUGUGCCGGUCAGUAGGGAGUGAGAGACCGUCAUGGUAUUCAACGUGUUAAUAGUUUUAUCAAGAUACACAGUGACAGAUAUAAUUUUUGAACAAGAAAAAGGAGAAACACACACGACUCUCAAAACAGCAAAUUGUAAUCGAACCGCAGUGGCCUUAAAAUCGCACAACCAGCGAGACAACGAAGUGUCUUACUUUCGAGGCCUUGUUAUGUUAAUUGAUCAGUUUGUUUAAACGAAGCAACACCAGCCGAUUUUGUGGCGACGCGAAGCCAUCGAAAAACAAGUUAGUGGACCCAGCGAUCGAACUUGACACUUUUUAUCCUUUUAACGGAAAGUUAAUUUCUGAAACGACUGUCGUAAGGAGGAAAAGAAAGGAACAAAAAAAAAAAAAAAAAAAAGAACGAGAUUACCAUCUGAGACAAUUCCCGGGGACUUUGUCUAACUGAAUGCUGUUAAACGAAAAGUGUACGUUCGUCUACUCUUAGUGAUCCAGUGCCUUAAUUAGCACAGUCGAGUAGUCUCAUCGAUUAGAAACUAGUCAGCGAUCCGUUAGUGCAACGCUCGACGCGCUAACUCGUGUACAGGAGUGAGGCUCAACGAAAGGGUGAGGAGCUAAAUGAAUAUCAAAAUGUAAUCGACCGAUAUUAGGUCAUGAGGAACGCGGUUGUCCCUCAUCUAGUCCCAAGCCCUUUCAAAGUUUAAGCGGGUUCAACUCGCGCGAUUUGUUAGAUUUGUAAGUAGAAAUUAAUGCGCAGGCAAGAAACCAAAACUCUUUGUAAAAAGUUAGCAAGGAAAAAAGGUUAGGAAGCCUUAGAGUUAAGUAUUAUUACCGAACCGUUCGACUAUGAUAAUAGGGAAAUAAAUUAUUAUAUUAUUU